GUUUAAUCGGUAAAACUACUUUCCUCAGUUGUGGUUGACGCCCCUGACGACAAACCCUGAACAGAGGUUUACUGGCUAAUUCGGUUGCUCUCGUUGAAAAUUUCAUACCUCUCGAUUGUACACCUUCUUUCCUUUCCUAGCGUUUUCUGGCUUCUUGAUACUUCCUUCACUCUGAGUUUUGAUUUUUCGUCUCGAUCUGAUUCGGUUUCUCUUCAAAGAUUCGCCGCUCCCUUUUUUCAAAGGAAAUUGUAACGAUGAAGAGUUCCAAGGGUAAGGGGGCUGCCAAGUACUCAAAGGAAUCUUUGAAGCCCGUGGAUGACAGAAAGGUUGGGAAGCGAAAAGCUGCUACGAAGGCUGACAAGAGUAGCAGUCAAAAGAAGCAAAGAGAUGCCAAGAAAGACCCCAAUAAACCAAAACGGCCUCCUAGUGCUUUCUUUGUGUUUCUUGAGGAGUUCAGGAAGGACUUCAAGAAAGAGCACCCUGAUGUUAAAGCUGUGUCAGCUGUCGGAAAAGCUGGAGGACAGCGGUGGAAAUCCAUGUCUGAUGCAGAAAAAGCUCCAUAUGAAGCCAAGGCUGCAAAAAGGAAAUCUGACUAUGAGAAGCUUAUGAAGGCUUACAACAAGAAACAGGAGAGUACAGCAGAUGAUGAGAAUGAAGGGAAUGAUGAAGAGGAUGAAGCUAGUGCAGAGGAGGAGGAAGAGGAGGAAGAUGACGAAGACGAGGACUGAAAUUCGAUACAUAUCGACUUGGGCUUAAUGGUUGAUCCAGUGUGAAAGGAUUGUGGAUUUUGUGUUCAUACUACUAGUUCAGUUAUUUCUCUCUGAAAUAGAAGUAACUUUUUGCGCAGCUGCAACUGCUGCAUUAGUUUACUUGUCUAUCCAACUGUAGCUUUUCAAUCUUUCAUUAGUUAAAUUAUGAGUGUUGGUUUAUAUGUGAUGGCUAAAAAUUAGUAAGAAA